AUGGCAUCCUUGUCGGUGCGUGUUUCUCUACAUACCUUCUUCUACCAGCAGUCUGGCAGGGUCUUCAAUGUUGAUGUAACCCCCCAGAUGACACUGAUGGAGGUUGGCACCAGCGCCAUUGAGAAAAUGGGAGCUUGGAGCAACCAGACCGAGCACCAAUCCUUCCAGAAGUUUGAGGUUCAUUACAAGGGCAAGUUCCACCUCGUCGAUGGCAAGUUGUCCGACCUUGAUGACAUCAACGGGGUCUUUCAUGUAGUUGCCGUCAAGGGCUUCUAUGGAGAGACCAUGAAGAAGAAGCAGGAUGACAAGGACGGCUUCUACCCAGUGUAUCCAACUUUGACCAUCAAGCAGAUGAAGGGCGUCAUUGAGGAAAUGGCGCAUGGAGAUCCGUGUGGUUCUCCUAUCAUGAGGAGAUCCGAAUGGGUUCCAACUCCAGAUGAUUUUGCUUUGCCACCACGGGCAAUGGAUGUGGAGAUUGACGCAAUCAGUGAUCACGAGGAGAGCGAGGAUACCAGUGACCAUGAAGAUGACAGCAGUAGUCGUGGCACGGUGGCAGAACCAGACCCAGAAGACGAUGUCGGCCUUGUGGAUUUCAUUGACUUCGGUGAGUUGGCAGAUGAUAUGCCUUGUUACGACAUUGACGAUGACAACAAGUUCUCUCAGGGUUAUUUGAAGGAUGCCAGUGACUUUCAAAGUGUCCAUCCCCUGCCUAUUCUUCUCCACAUCAAAGAGCCCAAGGCAGGCAAGUUGCUUUUCAGCCUCAAAGUCUCAGACCAGAACAUUGCCAUUGCUGAUGUCAAACUCUUGAUUUGCCAGAAGAUAGCCAAGAUGCCAAACGCCGACAGAAAGCGGUCUCUUGGCGUUGAUGCUUUCGUCUUGGCAUAUGGUGAGAUGACCUGCGCUGAUGCAUCCAUCUUGUCAGACAUCAGCAGUGGUCAGUCAGAAAUUGAUUUGGUGGUUCUUCUUCGUCUUCGUGGAGGCGUCAAGAGUGUCAUGUCAUCCAUCACCAAGCCAGUCAAGAAGUCUGACCUCUACAUGGAGAAGGCAAAGGGGGUUUUCAAGAAGAUUGAGAACCAGACCUACGAGAGCGAGACCUUGAAGGAUGCUCAGGGAUUCAGCAAGUACAUCAACCAGAAUGUGGAGCAUGGGGGGCAGAUUUUCAAAACCGCAGUUUCUGCCAUGAAUUCGGAUGCCGUGAAGGAAGCGCUCAAGAUUAUCAGUGCCAAUGGUAGGAACUUUGGGAGCACUGAGCAGAAGAUUGAGAAGGUGAGUGCCAUCAUGUGUGGCAAAAUGAUGCGUCGGUUGGAGGAGGAGGAGCAGAAGAUUCGGGAUGUUCGCAACUCCAUUAUUUGUGGCAUGAUUAGCGCCUACACAUGUUGGUGCUUCAAGAGUGGCAAGUAUGAUAACACUGACAUGAAAAAGAUGCUCAAAGAACAACUUCGCAAACUUGGUGUUGCUGAUGGCGAGAUCGAAGACUCAGAGAUGAGCGCAUUGACUGAGAUGCUUAGCAAGAGUAGUGUUUGA